AUGAAAUACCUACCAGAGGCGGUGGAUCGAUUGGUACAAAACGAACAGAAAUAUCGCGACGAAGUAGAAGCCAACGUUCAAGGAAUCGACCACCAGGCACGAAUGGCCGAGUUGGACAAUGAAAGAUGGUUGCUAAGCAACGCACUCCACUACUUGUUCAAGCUCGUGCGCGACGAUGUGAUGGGACUGUAUCCGGUGCUCGUAGACGCACAUGUCCUCAGCACACAAGAU